AAGCGCUCAUAUAAUCAAGCUCUACGUGAGACUCGUCGAAGGUUGCAACCGCUCUCCCAACACCAAUAUCCUCAGCUUUCCCCCCACUUCUCUUCUAGGAAUUUGUAGCCAUUCAUUGCAUCAUUGCCAAUGGCGACGGUUAAUGGAUCCAGUUACAAUGGAAGCCCGCAGCCCCUUUUCCUCUAUGGAACACUUCUUGCUCCUCCUCUAUUAGCUUGGCUGCUCACGGGAAAUCGCGCCAACACAAAUCUCGUCGCGUCUAUCACCAAACCUGCUCGCCUGUACGGGUACUCACGGACGUCUCUACAUGGUUAUGACUACCCCGCAUUGGUGCCUGCAAGCAAUGCUACCGAUUUUGUUGACGGUCUUCUCCUGCGCCCACAAACAUUGUCGCAGAGGCAGAAAGUCGACAAUUUUGAAGGGGAGACAUACAAGCUCACAACCGUUACGGUUAAUGUCAGUGACGAAUCUGUCGUUGAAGCCGGGGCAUAUGUGUACUGCGGAGACCAUGACCGUGUAGCAGAUGAGCCUUGGGAUCCAAGCACAUUUGUAAAGGAACGACUGGAAGACUGGCUGGAUAUAUUUGACGGCAUGGAAGUAUUGGAUGACGAGGGCAAUUGAGACCACUUACCGUGAAGGAAGUCAGCGACAACCUUUAUAUCCGACUCGAACACAUCACGAGAUAAAUUCAAGACCCGGGUGCCGAGACGGAUACCAGCCAGGACUUAAGCGUAGGCGUCACCAGAAAUGGCGUCAUCUCCAAGAUACACUCUGGAUGAGCAACAAACACAGCGAGACGAAGAACUUUCGAAGAUCGGGAACUGUCAAAGAUUAGACUGGAUAUUGUACAAAAUCAGUUCAUUACUAGUGCCUCCGCAGUCAAAGACCGAACUUGGAUUGUACAAGGGAACUGCUUUGGAUGACUGGACAAAACAGCAAAUCCGAUCAGCAGAAGCAAAACAAUAGAAAUCAAUACUUACGCUAUCAUGCCGGAGUGCAUAUGCAGUUCCACUACAACUGGCUUGCCAUCUUCAUCCAAUGGCGGAGCGAUAUCGAAUGUGUGCAGAACGCAAGCAAUAGUGCUGAAUAGCGAGCUUACGCCAAAAGAGCUACCCGGGCAGAUCCUACGAUUCCAGUCUUCCAAAGCAGGCUAUACUUGGAUCAGAAAUAUCCGGGUUCAAACUUCCAUCUGACUUGAGGAAUCUUUCGGGUCGAAACUGGUCUGGGCAAGGAUAUCUCAGUGGAUUGCGCAGGAUUUGCCUGUCCAGAAUAGUGAAUGCGAGUUCCGCGGGCGAAGACGAAACGUACACCUACCACACAUUCUUUAAUGAUACCGUCAGUACAUGGAUGACAACGGAGACAGGCUUC